GGCGGGAGAGCGGCGGGCCGAGAGCGUGAGUCGCCCGCUCCCGCGCUGCCUCGUUCCGCGCCGCCGCGCCGCCACCCCGCCACCGCUCGCAGCCAUGUCCGAGGAGAAGCCCAAGGAAGGAGUGAAGACAGAGAACGACCACAUCAACCUGAAAGUGGCCGGACAGGAUGGCUCCGUGGUCCAGUUCAAGAUCAAGAGACACACCCCACUGAGCAAGCUGAUGAAGGCCUACUGUGAGCGGCAGGGCUUGUCAAUGAGACAGAUUAGAUUCAGGUUUGAUGGGCAGCCAAUCAAUGAAGCGGACACCCCGGCCCAGCUGGAGAUGGAGGACGAAGACACCAUCGACGUGUUCCAGCAGCAGACAGGAGGCUCGCGAGCAGCUGGCUGCCUCUUGGGAUGUAGUCUGUAGAGGCACCGGCCCCACUGUCACCGUCCUUGCAUUUGCUGUUGAAUAGUGAACACGUGACCAUGCCAAUCACAAAGGAGUCUGCAGGAACCAAGGACAUCCAUCAGAAUCCCUUUCCUCUGACAUACUGCAGGUGCAACUCAAAACUGUCUGCAGGCACGAAUCCUUACCUGAACCUGGGCCAGCCACAGUGUCCUGUUUGUUUAGGAAAAUGAGUUGCGAGGUUUUUGGGGUUUGUUUUUGCUUUCAAUUUUGUCUUUCCCCCCUCCUAUGGCAUUUCCCCGAAACUUGUGUGAAUGUCCCCUUUUAGUCUAGACAGGGAUCUUAUCCCAGGUAUUGAAUAAGCCCCCCCACUGCGUAUUCCAUUGUAGAGAGCUCACAUCACCAAAGUGGGGGUGCUUCUGUGGGACAAAUUUUGGGGGCAUUGUGGGGCUGGGAGACAAACUUCCACUUACUGUUUCUUAAAUGCUAAAUAUUGCAAUUUUAAGUUUUGUGAGAAUAUGGGAAAGUUGAAGGGAGAAUACUGGAAUGCUUUAUAAAGGGUGAAAAGAAAAAUAACCGAGUUCCUCAGUAGCAUGGCCCUGGGCACUCUGUUCCUCUAUUGUGUGCUUGGGCAGGGGCGGGCCAGGGCUCCUGAUGGUGCAUGGGCACAGUGGGGUGCAGCGAAAAUUGGCUUUUCCCCCUUUAAAAAACUGUUUCAAUUAUAGUUUACAUUCAAUAUUAUUUUAUAUUAGUUUCAGGUGUCCUCUUUUAAUAUGGAGGAAAGUAGUUCUCAUGUUUCUCACUUGGUAGUAGUACUGUGUUCUCAGAUUUCUUCCAGUAUUUGCUUCUGAUGAAUAAUUACGGUCUCUCUAUAAAAAAGUAUGAUUAAGUAUUGCUGAUUUUGCAAUGACGUUUUUGUGUAAAAGAGCUACUUCAAAGUGUGGUGACAAAUGGGCCCGUGCAAAGACGACUUCACGUUCUUCUCGUGGACUGUUCUCUGCCACUUUCCAAACGUCAGCUGUGAUUUCAUUUCUGUGAGACAUUUGGAACCUCUACCUAUUACACUCUCAGUUCUGCUGCUGCCCUUCUACUGUGUGGAACCCCCACUCCUGAUGGCCCUGCUCUGCCUCGUUCUGGCGCCUGGACAGUGCAACCUCAACCAUCAUCUCUUGCUUGCCUGGAAUCUUGCCUUUCCUUUGUGUUUUGCUGUUGGGGUGUGGAUGUGGUGUUUGCUGGCUCUGCUGUUUGUUCACAGUUUGUACAUUCUUUGUUGUCCUUUACUACUGUAAACAGUAAAUAUAGUUUGGUAUUCUGUC